UCGUUUUGUCUCUCAGUUAAACUUCAGCUAAUAGUUCACAGAAUAUUACAAUGACCUUCAAGUUCUCUAUUUCGUUGCUAUCCUUUAUCUUAGCUUCUAAUACUGUACUGGGAGUUUCACAUAGAGAUCCUGAAAAAGAUUAUGAAGCUACAGAUACUAGUACUGUACCGGAGCCAACUGAAAAUGAAGUAGGAAAAACGGUCGGCCCUCCGGCAAGAUAUAGAUUUCUUUUUGGCCCACGAGACUGGGGGCUCACUCAGUACGAUUUAGCACAGACGGGACAAUCGGAUUUGGAAUGGAUCGGAGAUCAUUUAGACGACCCUGAAGAAAUAUACGCGACAUAUACGGUGUUAAAAGAGAUAUGGUGUAAAACGGGAUGUGAUAAAACAGGUUACAUGAGUUAUGCACAAUUGACCGAACUUGUAACACCCGAUCUACAUGGACACAUGAAUGCCUGGUUUACAGAAAAUUUCAACGGUGAUCAACAAAAAAUAGGCAAGGAAGCGUUUAUGUCAGUGAUGUAUCAUACGUUAAAUCAUCAACAAAUUGAAACAAUUAAUUCUAGGUUGCAAUGAACCCGAAUAUUUUACACUAAAUUGAAUUAUUGCACAGUGACGAUAUUAUAACAGUUGACACGUUUAAAAUAUAAACUUGACUUCAAUGCA